AUGACUUCAAACGGUCCUACGGCCUUCGACCACAACAAGGUCACUGUAGUUUAUGUGCUGGGGGGCCCCGGCGCGGGUAAAGGCACUCAAUGCACAAGGCUCGCUGAAGAUUUCGACUUCUGCCACCUGUCAGCGGGAGACCUCCUCCGCGCCGAACAGAAUAGAGAUGGCUCUCAGUACGGGGUAUUGAUUCGAACGUGCAUUCGUGAAGGCACCAUCGUGCCCAAGGAGGUCACCAGCAAGCUUCUCGAGAAUGCCAUGGCUGCUGAGAUCCAAAGCCGAUCUAGUCACAGGUGGCCUAACGGCAAGGGUCGCUUUCUAAUCGAUGGUUUUCCUCGCAAGAUGGACCAAGCUGAGCUAUUCGAUGAAGUGGUCUGUCCUGCAUCCCUCGUCAUACACUUCACGACAACCGAGGAUGUGAUGGUUGAGCGCCUUCUGGAACGCGGAAAGACCAGUGGACGCGAGGACGACAACAUCGAAAGCAUCCGAAAGCGCUUCAGGACGUACUACGAUCAAACCAUGCCGGUCAUCGAGCACUAUUCCAAACUCGGCAAACUAGUGGAGAUUGAUAGUACAAGACCCAUAGAUAAGGUCUAUGAAGAGACGAGUGGGAUCAUUAGGAAGCUCUUGUCUUGA